CCACACGCGCACUCGCCGGGCCGCGACCCCAAACCUCCUCCCGGAAGCUCUCGCGGCUAGCUAAACGGCGCUAGCUCGCUGCCGCUUUGUAACGGCGCUCGCUCGCUCAUUCGCUCGUCCUGCGCGUCUUUUUUUUUGUUUUUGUUUUUUUUCUUUCCCCGACGCGUCUCGUCGCUUCUCCGGCCGCGGGGCCGAUCGGAGAGACGACAUCCGCUUCCGGCGCUGAUGCGCGUCAAAUGUCAGCCGAAGAGCGAGCAAAUGUCACCGAGCGCGACUUGACGAGGAGAUGUCAGCUGCUGUCCGAUAACGGAACCCGCGCCGGAGGUUGAGAUGCGCUCGCCUGGCGUCCUUCCGUCUUGGUGCUCGCCGCCGCCGUCGUCGUCACGCACGUAUGACGGAGUAGACGUUCGCGCGCUGUCGCUGUACUGGUAGACAUUCAGGCUCCUUUUGCAUCGUUGUACGUACACUAAAUCGUGAUUGACGUGACACGCGUUAAAAAUAGCAAAGACGAUGGGGACCAAUGGAAAGCCGUGAACUCUGACCCGCACCGAUCACGUGACUCCACUCUCGACGUCAUCACUAAAGACGCAAAUUCCCGCGCACGCUCAAAGUAAAGAGGAAGUUUCAGGAAGAACUUUUUCCAGUUCCUGCGGCAACUUUCACUGCACGCGAGCGCCAACGGGAAACACCUGAUGCCCUCCUUCCUGUUUGACACUUUCACUUCCUUCCGCAGUCCUUCUGUGGGUCGCCCGGUUGCGCCCGCACAACCGGAGGACAAUUUUCACUGGCGUUCGUUUGAAUAUUGGUCUUAUGCGGCUCGUGCCCCUCGCUGAUGCGAAAACGUGGUCGACGAGUCCCCCCAGAAACUAAUGCGUCCGUUUAUUUGUCGUGUUUGAGCACAAACAAAAAAGGAAUCGAGGAGAUUGUCAGCCAAUCACAAUCACGUGACUAUGCAAAUGCGCGGCUAAGGCCCGACUUCCUGUCGUGCGGCGAGCAGAGCGGAGGCGGACGCGCCGGCGGCAUGAGCGAGGACAAGUGCCCGCAGCUGGUGGACUACUUCGUGGUGGCGGGUCUGGACCCCGCCGGGCCCCGGCGACCGCUGGACGACGACGCCAGGACGGCCGGCGGGCCGGGCCGGGGGGCGGAGCCGGUGACGGACGUGGCGGUGAUCGCCCGCGGCCUGGGCGAGGAAGUGCCCCAGGGCUUCACGUGCAUCGACAAGUCGCUGGGCGGCCACUCGGCCGAGCUGAGCGCCGGCCUGAUCAACAACCCGCGCCUCUACCUCUGCUACCGGAGGGGUCGCGACAAGCCGCCCCUGCUCGACCUCGGGGUGCUGUACGAGGGCAAGGAGCGGCCCAAGGCGGGCUGGUACGUGAUCGAGACCACGCCCUACAGCCGCUCGGCCAGCUUGAGCUCCGGCGCCGGCCCGGCGGCGCACCGCGUCUUCCUGACGUACCGGCGAGCUCCGGACGCGCGGGGCCUGCGCUCGCUGGGCGUGACCGACAUCGGCGUGCUGCUGCCGGGCAAGGGCGAGGCGGCGCCGCACACCUUCAGCCGCGUGGACAAGAACCUCAACACGGGCAUGUGGGGUCCUGCCGUGUUCGUGUGCUACAAGCGUGCGGUGGCCAAAGCCAACGCGCUGGUCUACGAAGCCGGUCUGCUGAGCCGCUACCCCGCCGACGACCUGGACUCCUUCCCGCUGCCCGACUCGGUGCCCGUCUUCUGCCUGCCCAUGGGCGUGACUCUGGAGUGCUGGCCCGUCGACGCCAAGUACCAGCUGCCCGUCUUCUCCACCUUCGUGCUCACCUCGGCCAGCGGGGACAAGGUGUACGGCGCCGCCAUCCAGUUCUACGAGGCCUUCCCCAGGGAGGCUCUGUCAGAGCGCCAGAGCUUGCGUCUGGGCCUGCUCAGCGUGGUGGACCGCCGGCCCAUCCCGGACCGCGGCCUGCAGGCCAAAAAGAGCAUCUGCGUGCUCUCGCACUGGCCCUUCUUCCACGUCUUCCAGAAGUUUCUCACCUUCAUCUACCGAUACUCCGUGUCCGGACCGCACGUGCUGCCGCUCGAGAAGCACAUCUCCAGCUUCAUGCACAACGUCCCCUUCCCGUCCCCCCAGCGACCUCGCAUCCUGGUUCAGCUUUCUCCCAACGACAACCUUCUUCUGUGCCAGCCCGUGUCGUCGCCGCUGCCGCUCAGCGGCGCCAGCUUCCUGAAGCUCCUCCAGAACUUGGGUCCGGGCAACGCGUGCACGCUGCUGCUGGCCGUGCUGACGGAGCAUAAAGUUCUGCUGCAUUCGCUGCGUCCCGACGUCCUGACGGCGGUCAGCGAGGCGCUGGUCUCUAUGACGUUCCCGCUGCGCUGGCUGUGCCCGUACAUCCCGCUGUGCCCGCUCCAGAUGGCCGAAGUGCUGCUGGCGCCCGUGCCCUUCAUCGUGGGCGUGCACUCCAGCUACUUCGACUCGUACGACCCCCCCGCCGACGUGGUCUGCGUCGACCUGGACACCAACGCCGUCUUCCAGUCGGACGACAGGAAGCCGUUGUCGUGGCGCUCGUUACCCCGGAAACCCGGCAAGACCCUCUUCAACACGCUGAGCGAGCUGCACAAGACCCUGGAGCAGAUUUGCUCUCCGGGCCAGGAGGAGGCGACGCUGGAGUUCCUGCUGACGGACUUCGACCAGAUGUACCGUCGCCAGAAGCAGCUGGAGCUGGACAUCCAGGAGGCUUUCCUGCGCUUCAUGAGCUGCCUGCUGCGAGGCUACCGCGCCUUCCUGCUGCCCAUCACGCAGGCGCCCUCGGCCACCGCCACCGACUGCAGCUCCCUCUUCAACCUGCAGGGCUUCCUGAAGUCUCGCGAGCGCACCCAGCUGAAGUUCUUCGGGCAGCUGACGCGCACGCAGAUGUUCACGCAGUUCAUCGAGGAGUGCUCCUUCGUCAGCGACCGCCACGCCUGCCUGGAGUUCUUCGACGAGUGCGUCCAAAAGGUGGACGCGGAGAAGCCGGAGGACGUCCGUCUGGUGGACGUGGACGAGAGUCUCUGCGGCGAGCGCACAGUUUUCAUCAUGCCGCCUGAGCAGCCCACUCGAGACGACGGAUCCGAGUGUCCCGCCCGCUACAGCUACGACACGUUCCCGGCCUUGAGGGCGGAGCUUUUCGACAGGCCGCUGGACCGACUGAGCGUCCCCGCCAAGGGCGGCGCCCCGGGCAGCCCCGCCCCCAGGCGCACCAAACAGGAGCUGAAGGUGGCGCAGCGGCGGGCGCAGAAGUGCUGCGGCUCGCCCGAGCUGUGGUGCAAGUGCCUGCUGGGUCACGUGUACGGCUUGUGGUUCACCUACCUGCCCACCUUCGUGCGGGCGCAGAGCGCCAAGGUGCCCGCCCUACACGCCGCCUACGACGUCCUCAAGCGCAUGGAGAGCCGGAAGGUUCUGCUGCCCGACGAGGUGUGUUACAGGAUCCUGAUGCAGUUGUGCGGCCAGUACGGGCAGCCCGUGCUCGCCGUGCGCGUCCUUCUGGAGAUGAAGAAGGCGGGCAUCACGCCCAACACCAUCACGUACGGCUACUACAACAAGGCGGUGCUGGAGAGCAAAUGGCCGUCGACCAAUCGGAGCGGACGCUUGCUUUGGGCCAAGCUGAGGAACGCGGUGCUGGCCGUCGCCCUCUUCAGGCGGCCCCUCAAACUGCGAGCCGCGACGGAGGAGCGCGGGCCCCGCCCCCGGCUGCCUCUGAUUCGUCAGGCCAGCUGGAGCGGCCUCAGCGAGAGCUCCAGUCACGAAUCUCUGACGGGCUCGUUGGCCAAGAGCAGCAGCCUCAGCAGCAUCAAGACGCCCGCGCAACCGGCCAACGCCAGUAACAGGAAGUCGGGGCGCCACGACCGCCUGUCCGCUAAGCCCCCCUCGGCUGCGCCCGCGACGCCCCCGAGCGGCGUCCCGGUCCGUCGCAGCGACAUCUGCUUGUCCAGCUUCUACGCGGACGACAACGAAGACGAGGACGACGGAGGAUACGACGCGGCGGGAAGAGCGGCGGGCGAGCGCGACGACAGAGUGCCGCCGCCCGGCCGGAGCCUGGCGGGGAGGCUGCAGCGACUCCUGACGCCCACGCGGCAGCGGGCGGGCGCUCGCCGCGCGGCCAGCGCGGAGGAGCGCCGACUCGGAGCUUCGGAGCAGCGACGGUCUCGGGUGGCGGAAACGCUGCCGGCCAAAGAACGCCUCGCCAACGCCAACUCGGAGAGCUCGCUGUCGCCGGCCAGCGACGCGGACUCGGCGGACGGGCCCCGACCGGCGAGGGACUCCUGGGACGUCGGCCGAGACGGGGCCGGGAUCGAGGUUUCCAUGUCGAGCUGCUCGCGGUGCCGCUCGUGCGGCUUCCUGGUGUACGACGAGGAAAUCAUGGCCGGGUGGACGCCCGACGACUCCGACCUCAACUCCCGCUGCCCCUUCUGCGGCGCCCCCUUCGUCCCCUUUCUCAACGCCAACAUCCGCGACCUCCGACCCCUCGGCGGGGACGCCGAGGGCGAGACGGCCGACGAAGGGCGGACGGCGCCUCCGCCGUGUGACGGCGACGAAGCCGCCACUGACGACGGCGCAGCCGCGGUGGCGGUGGCGUACGUGAGUCCGCUGGUGCUGCGGAAGGAGCUGGAAAGUCUUCUGGACCACGAGGGCGAGGCGGUGCUGGGCCAGCCGCAGUUCCUGGAGAGCCACUGCAUCAUCUUCUGGAACCUUCUGUGGUUCUUCCAGCGCCUCAGCCUGCCCAGCCACCUGCUGCAGCUGCUGCCCCUCCUCGCCGAGCCCGCCCAGCGGGAGGGCGCCCGCGUGAGGGUGCGGCUCCUGUGGGACACCCUGAGCCCGGACCCCGACUCGUGGCCCCCCCUCUACGUGCUGUGGCGUCUUCACAGCGGCGUGCCCGUGCCGAGGUUCCGGCGGCGCCGCCGCAACCAUCCGUUCACGCUGUCCUUCCUGGAGGAGGUCCUGCGCUGCGUGGGCAUGAACGAGGUCCACAAGGCCGUCACGCUCUUCCUCGACACCGUCCGCAAGACGCAGCACGCGUCGGCGCCGCCGCUGCGCAGGAGCGUGUACCGAGAGUUCCUGUUCCUGACGCUGGCGGCCAUGGGCAACGAUCACGCCGCGGCCUUCGACAAGAAGUACAAGGCGGCGUACUCGCGCCUCAGCGGCGUCGUGGGCAAAGAAGAGCUGCGCAGGAAUCGGGCGCAGCCGCCCGGCGCCAAGGCCCUCGACUGCAGGCGGGGCUUCCGGCCCCCGCUCCAGUGCUGACAAAAUGUCAGAGGGUGCCGCCGCCCCUCCUCCGUGUGCAGAAACGGGAGCGCUCCACACGGGAAACGCCAAUGACGCUUCCUGUCGUCAGCGAGCGCACAAGAUGGACGACGAGCUGCAAACGAAAUCCGGCGGGCCGCGGCUCCGGCCGAGCGUCCGCUGGUGACGACGUUUUCCUCCCGCGGAAAGUCCAAACCUGCAAAAUGUUUCAUUGAAUAUUGACGUCGUUUUCCCACCUCUAAAUUAUUCCCGUUUUUUUUUUUUUUUUUUAGA